AACAGAAAACAUCACCAGCACAUCACACACAACACUGUUGCCAAACUUAUUAACAAAUCCGAAAAGACUGGAAGUGUUUUGGACCAACUGAGAAGUCAAGAACUGAGAACAUCCACUAAUGAUGGCACAACCGACGUGGUGCUGACAUACAUAGUCCCUGUGUGUGGUGCUGACAUACAUAGUCCCUGUGUGUGGUGCUGACAUACAUAGUCCCUGUGUGUGGAGCUGACAUACAUAGUCCCUGUGUGUGGAGCUGACAUACAUAGUCCCUGUGUGUGGUGCUGACAUACAUAGUCCCUGUGUGUGGAGCUGACAUACAUAGUCCCUGUGUGUGGAGCUGACAUACAUAGUCCCUGUGUGUAAAGACUUUUUGGAGACCCUCUAUUCUAUUCUAUUCUAUUCUAUUCUAUUCUAUUCUAUUCUAUUCGCUUCAGCACCAAGGAGAGCGACUAGUGAGCUCACUGAAAACAGGAGAGACGGUACAGGAAUGAAAUAUCGCGAUUACUGAGCAGCUCUGCUCGUUGGUCGAAUCUCUUCAGCAUCAUCAUCAUCAUCAUCAUCGUCCCUACAUCUGAGGCGGAACGGAAGCUAGGCGACACACGGCGUGUAGGAGGAUCGUGACGUGAUUGUUGUAUUUUAAAUCUCAAAUCCGUAAUCAGAUGAAAAGAAACCAGACAGCUGACGAAAAGAGUCUCUGCUGUGAAUGUGAAGUCACCUUGAAUGGAAAGUUGUUUAUCAGAGUCGACGGAUCAGCGUGCUUGGUUAGCCUGAGGACCGAGGUUACAGAAUAUUGAAUUCUGACGUCAGGAAUCUAAAAAAGAAUCUUCAUGGCAGCCUUAGAAAACAAUUUCCCACCUCUCCCCCGUUUCAUUCCCCUGAAGCCAUGCUUCUACCAAGACUUCAACGAGAUCCCAGAGCAGCGCCGCACCAUGUGCAAACGCCUGUACUAUCUCUGGAUUUUGAACAGUGCUACAUUGGCGGUGAAUCUGAUUGGCUGUCUGGCAUGGAUGUGCGGUGGGGGCGGGGCCACUAACUUUGGAAUGGCUAUAUUGUGGCUUAUUCUCUUCACCCCUUGCUCUUAUGUGUGCUGGUUCCGGCCCAUCUACAAAGCCUUUAAGACUGACAGCUCUUUCAACUUCAUGGCAUUUUUCUUCGUAUUCAUGGCUCAAGUCGUGAUCAGUAUUAUCCAGACAGUGGGCAUCCCAGGCUGGGGAGUUUGUGGGUGGCUGGCCACCAUCACAUUCUUCAGCACUAAUAUUGGCUCUGCUGUGGUCAUGCUGAUUCCCACUAUUAUGUUCACAGCUGUCGCUGUGCUAUCUUUCAUCGCCCUUACCAAGGUCCAUAACUUCUACCGUGGCAGUGGAGGGAGCAUGAGCAAGGCCCAGGAGGAAUGGGCAACAGGUGCUUGGAAAAACCCCCAUGUACAACAAGCAGCCCAGCAGGCAGCUAUGGGUGCAGCCCAGGGGGCAAUGCAGGGCCAACAGUACUCGGCCCCUCCUACCUACAACUAUAAUGACCCUAUGUAAUGUGUAUUUUUUAGGAAAACAGUUAGGAGUGUUAGGCCUGUUUUAUACUUGACACGUGACUAUGCUUGUGUAUGCAGACUCAGCCGCAAUGUGAGGGAACAAACAACAUCCACAUCACGUCAGAUGGCAUGUCAGUGCCAAAACAUCCCUGUCCAUCAGGUUUCCAUGUUGUAUGCAAAACAGACUUUUCUUUUUCCUGUACUAGGGAAAUUGAUUAGUGGUAAUGCACAAAAACUGUCUAGAAUAGUACCUAGAGUAAGUGUGCAAUUUGAGGCUCAACUAUAGUUUGUUCAGACUGUGGCAGAUAUUAUGUCACAUUGCACUAUACUGCCUACACUAUUUAGGUUGGGCACUGAACACUUGCCUGCUUCAACAAUCACUGUACCACAUGCCCACAAACAUGCACAAUCGACACGCCAAAUAAACGCAGGAUAUGUGUGGAUGCCAUCUUCCAUACGCAUGUGCAUAGUUAAAAGCAAGUAUAAACCUGGCCUUACAAGGGUAUUAGGGAGGGAGAAGGGGGGUUAACAAAAAGAAUUAGAGUAAAUAACUGACCAAUUUCAUUUUAAACAACAAUACAAUAAUGCAUAAAAAAUUGCCUCAGUUGUUGUGUAUGGUAGUGUAAAGUAUUGUUUUUGUUCUCAAGAGUAGGGUUUCUCAACUCAUACCCCAGAGGCCCACUGCCCUGCAGUUUCAUGUUCCUUUCUCCUAACACACCUGAUUCAACUCAGAAACUAAUUAUCAACCCUUCUGCAGGUUGAAUCUAGAAUGUUUGGGAGUAGGGAAAGCUUGAAAUUGAGACUCUGGACCUCCAGGACAGGAGUUGAGAUGUGCUACACUAGACCCUACCAGUAAUAGAUUAUGUCUUUGUGGUAUCAAGACAUUUGUAAUGGCUGUGUUCUAUUCCCCCCAAAAGUAUGAUUCAACUGAGGAAACAUUCCAUUGUGUUUAUGUAGUAUUAGAGCCCUUGAUGAGCCAUCUGUAUCUUUGUAUUUCUAUAUGGUUAUUUGACAUUAAAUCAGCUAAAGGCUAACACUAGAAGUAAUAAUUGUAAAGCAGUUACAAUGAUUUAUGUGAAAUAACUUAGUAAUAAAUACAGCAAGUGACACAGUUCCUCAGUCUUUAUCUAGCAUCAUAAUUUGCCUUUUACUAGAUCUUAACAAUUUGUCUUGUUUUUUAAUUACCUCAUUCUAGUUUGUCUGCAAGGACACAAAUAGCCAUACACUUAUACGCUUACUUUUGAUUGAUUGGUUUUGUAAUUGUAUAGAGUGCGGAAAUGUGUUUAAUAUUUUCUGAUUUAUUUUAUCAAAUUUUACAGUUUGGCUGUGCUGAUAUUUCUUUGUACCUCAUAUAGGAUUCAAAUAGUUCUGUUUAUAGGUGAAAGGUCAACCUAAGGAAACUUUUGAUAAAUUUUAGUCAAGAGCUGCAUUUACAAAAACAUGCUGGCUUUAAAAUGGUCUUUGGUUAUGUCUUAGAAGAACUGAAGUGUAUCCUAAAAUCUUUACAUAAACUGGACUUCAGUGCCUGCAUCAAGAAUCACUGAGCCAGGAAAUACUGAUUUGUUAUAAAUCACUUCAGGCCUAAUCUGAUUUAAUGUUGUCUUUGCCAUUAUUGCAGUGAAAUAUUGAAUUACUUCAGCUUUAAUAUAUAAUAAUUAAUUCCAAAUUGGGGAAUAAAUCAUUCUGUCCAUUUUGGUGAAGGAAUACAGUGUAUUGACAUAUUUUGUUGAGACAUUUAUUGAGGAAAAGCAGGAGUUAAAUGCCUGCAGGAAAAGCACACUAAUCUCUGUUUGAAUUACACAGGAAUUAUUACUAGUGUGAAUCCAUUAAAACACAGAAUUUUGUUACUUCCAAAUAGGAAUAGGGAUUUUUACCAUAAUACUUAAUUUUGUGUAAAUAUUUGCUGUGAUAUAGUGACUAGUACUUGUUGUGAAAAAUUCUCAUAUUACAUGGUUUUGAAUAUAUGUAAAUCCUUGAAUCCUUGUCAGCUGAUAAGGCUGUUAUAUCUCAAUACAUGUAAUUUGUGUAAUUAAUACAGGACAGACUAUUGUUACAGAUAUAUGUUUAUAGUGACACUUGAACUUAUCCAUAGUCUGAAUGAGUUAGUGGGAUGUGGUUAGGUUUUAAGCUACAGAACUAAACAGUCCUUAUAUACUCUUAAGUAUGCUUAAAUUAAACCAAUAUAAGAAAACGAAUAAGUAAAUAGAUUGAGAUUACACCAUACAUGUAAAGUUUAUGAACUAUGUAAUCAAAGUGUCUUAAACAAGGCUUGUAAGAUAGCACCUCAUCCCAAGAACUGUGAAAUGGUCCAUGCUUAAGUAUCAUGUGUAUAUUAAUGUGUAUGUUUGCAGCUCUAUAAUUUGACUUCUGUAAAGACUUUUGUUUUUUAAUUAUUAUUAUCUUUUAGCAAGUGCGUGAGGCUUUAAUGUUCAGUGUAUCGUAGCUGUUUCACAGGUAUUGUCUUGGGCCUUAGUUAACAAGGACCAUAAUAUUUAGGGCUUUAGGCAUAGUGUUGGUAGAAAUUGCCAGUUUUCUGGACUGCCCAAGAAGCCGGUACUGGAUCAGCAUAAAAAUGUAAUCUACUUCCCAGAGCGAUUUAAUUCCCUGCUGUUGUCCACAACUUUUUACUGCCCUAAAAAUGCUGACUUCCCAUUUGAAUUCCCAUUUGGUAUUUCCAGAGCAGAGUUUACCUAGAUAAAAAUAUCUGAUAACCUAAAAGUGUAAAGAGUAAUGUGAUGAAAUUAUAUUGACAUCAAGUUUUAUGUCAGAUGCACCAGCAGCAGCAAAGCCCAGUGUCUGUUGCCAACACCUACUACAGUCUAAAGCUUAUAUAGUAACACUAUUAAAAGUAGAUAAAGCCUUGUUUAUAGUGUAAAGUGAAUGAGUGGCAAUUGAUAAUAGAACUAAAAAGGUAGUUGUCUAUGUAUGGUGUGUCAUGUGGUGCUUGGUAAAUCUGUGAAUCUAAUCAAACCUUGUGCCAUGUGUAGAUAGAUGUUAUUUGUGUGUUGAUGUUGAUGUUACUGCUGUCCACCCCAACAUGGAAUGUAUUGUUGACUUCAGGGAAAGAGCUACAUAUAAAAUCCACAUUAAGGGUUUUCUUUUUCUCUUUUUUUAUUUUUGUGUUUUAUGUUGGUAUAAUAAACAUUCCUUUCUGAUAUAAA